GUGUAUAUUGACGAGCGGGGGUCAAGAGUGGUAAUACACUAUAGAAGUUGUGAAAGUGUGUGUAUUAGAACUCAUUGAAAUAAAUAAAUAACAGUAGCGGAAAUACACGGAUUGUUAGUGUAUAAGUGCAGUGCACUGAACCGUCGUUGCUUUAGCUGCUGAGGUUGCUUUUUUGGGGUGUUUUUGAACUUACAAGCUAGCUUGGCAGCUAGCUCGUCGUUAGCACCGUCAUGGCGUCCGGCUACAGCGCCAAGGAGGAGGACGGGCACCACUCCGGGGCCUUGGGGCCGGCUGGCGGAGCCGCCGUGCGUAGCAGGAAGCCGGAUAACACGGCCUUUAAGCAGCAGCGAUUGCCGGCGUGGCAGCCGAUCCUGACGGCGGGAACGGUGCUGCCGGCCUUCUUUAUCAUCGGCCUGCUCUUCAUUCCGAUCGGCAUCGGCCUUUACGUGACGUCCAACAACAUCAGAGAACUGCAGAUUGAUUACACCGGCACCGAGUCUUCGAGCCCAUGUUUUGCCUGUUCUCAGAACUACAGCUGGAACAUGACAACACCCUGUGUGUGUUCCGUGUCCUUCUCGCUGGACCAGCCAUUUGAGAGCAAUGUUUUCAUGUACUAUGGGCUGUCCAACUUCUAUCAGAACCAUCGUCGUUACGUGAAGUCAAGAGAUGACAGCCAGUUGAAUGGUAACCUAAACUCACUGAAGGAGCCCAGCAAGGAGUGUGAGCCAUAUCGCACGAAUGAUGGCAAACCCAUUGCUCCCUGUGGUGCCAUUGCUAACAGCCUUUUUAAUGACACUUUGGCAUUGUAUUACAAUGACCCUAACGGCACAGAGACACAGAUUCAGUUGGUGAAAAGGGGCAUUGCUUGGUGGACAGACAAGCAUGUGAAGUUCAGAAACCCUGUAGGAGAUGACUCCAACCUCACAGCCAUUUUUCAAGGCACCGCCAAGCCUGUCAACUGGCAGAAGCCCGUCUAUGAGUUGGACAGUGACCCAGAAAAUAACGGCUUCAUCAACGAGGAUUUGAUUGUGUGGAUGCGCACGGCAGCCCUGCCCACCUUCCGCAAACUGUACCGCAUCAUCGAGAAGAACAGCAGCACCAGUCCAACAUUGCCCCGGGGUAACUACACGCUGAAAAUCACAUAUAACUACCCAGUACGCAGCUUUGAGGGUCGAAAACGCAUGAUCCUGAGCACUAUCUCCUGGAUGGGGGGUAAAAACCCGUUCCUGGGAAUCGCCUACAUCACUGUGGGCUCCAUCUGCUUCUUCCUGGGUGUGGUCUUGCUCAUCAUCCACCACAAGUAUGGAAGCAGGAGCAGCAGCGCUGACCUCACCCACUGAGCUCAGGAUGAAUCGAUGUGUUACGUCUGUCAAAGAUUGAUCACCAAAUUGCAUCUGCCAUGUAUUCUUGCCAUGAGACGAGAGACAUCGCACUGCUGGACCUCUAAGAUGCAACUCAGUAACUUGAGCAUCUUCUAUUAUUUAUUUAAAUAGAUUGCAGAAAAUCAUGACAUGUCAAUGAUUAUGUAGGGGUUUGUUGAGCUGUAUGUGUCUAACAGUUGGAGCAGGUGCAUACAAUGUGUAUUUAAAGUAGUAUAAAGUUCACUUGUGAAUUAUGAAUGACUCAUUCAGUAGUUACUUUGAUGCUGUUGAACAAAAGCAAGUGAUAGAAUAUUGAGAUGUUUGUUAAUAUUAUAAAAGAAGAAAAAGAGCUGUUUGUAUAGCAUGUUCCCUGCUGGAUGAAUGUAAUUUCACUUCUAUUUUUUAUUAACCACUUGGGACAGUUCUAACAGGCUUGUGUGUAUUUCUCUGCGGUUCAUUAUAACCAUGUGUUGUAUAAUAUGCCAUUGUGUUACAUGUUCAUAACUAUUGCUUUUUUUCCUCAGAAGUAAUUCUUUUCAAUGUAGAUAAGUUACAUUUAGUGUAUUAAGGUUUUUCAAUAUACUGUACAACGCCUUAAAUUCAGUUUAGCACAUAAAGAGAAUAAUUUUACUGAAAUGCCAGAGAUGUGACUAACAAUUCUGUAAGAUGGGCUUUUGUAUAUAAUGGACCAAAAUUUCUGGAUUUCUGUUUUGUUUUGUAAGAUGAUGUUUUGUGGUGAUGAUGGCAUAAUGCCAAAUCAUUCACUUCAUUACUGUUCACUUCUUUCACUAUGCAAUUAAAAGCAUAAUUUUUGUAAACAUUUAGUGCCUCUUCAGGAUCUUUCUUUAUCCUGUUUUUUUCAGUAUGUGAGUUUGUAUUUGUAUUCUUUAGCUAACUGUGUUCUCAAGACAUCUGAAAUCAUAUACAGAAAACACUGGAAAUGAAGACACUGCAUGAUGUAUUCUGAGAACUUGCCUUGGAAAUGGUUUACAUUUCUCCCCCAUUUUUGAAACCACAGAAUAUUCAUUACAUUGUCAGAUAUUUUGCACUUCUUUCAUUAAACCCUCUUAUCUGUUCUCACUGUGAUUUAUGGUUGAAAGUGAUUUUUUUUCUUUAAUCUCAAAUUGUGAACAUUCAUUACUAAACAAAUAAAAUGUUUCCACCAUUACUUC